AUGGAUCUGUCACCACCAUCACCACAAAGGUUCCCUCGUAAGCAUGGAAAAAUACCCAAGUAUGCUGUACUAGACGUGACACACAGCAAUAGGAAGAGGGAUUUGGGGGGGAGGGGGGGGGGGCCAGCUCUGGCAGCCACCACACCAAUCACGCAAGCUCAGGCCGCCGUCACAUCAGGAACAACAAUCACGCCAGCUACCCCAACUCAGGCCCCCUCCAGCACAUCAAGCCAGGUUGGCCUCCAAGCUCCCACAAUGCAGACCAUCCUGUCUACCACCAGCGAGCCUGCCACUCUGGAGUCAAACAGGGAUCGGCAAUUGGCCACGCGAGGCACGCCAGCUCAGGCCACUGCCUUACCAGCCACGCCUGCUCAGGCCGCCGUCAGACCAGCCACAGCAGCUCUGGCCGCCGUCACACCAGCCACGCCAGCUUCCCCAGCUCAGGACCCCUCCAGCCCAUCCAGCGAGGCUAGCCUCCAAGAAAAAGAAAUAGAUCUUUCAGAGGAAAUGGAUCUGUCACCACCAUCACCACAAAGGUUCCCUAGUAAGCACGGAAAAAUACCCAAGUAUGCUGGACUAGAUGUGACCCACGGCAGGAGGAAGAGGGAUUCGGGGGAGGGGGGGGGCCAGCUCUGGCAGCCACCACACCAGUCACGCAAGCUCAGGCCGCCGUCACAUCAGGAACAACAAUCACGCCAGCUACCCCAACUGCCUGUGGGUACACCUGUACCAUUUGGAAGCCUUGCCAUCUCUGAGCAGUCCGUGACUCCCCAGCAGCCUGAGGUCACCUCAGCCUAG